AGCACUCGCACAAUGGCCACCGCGACGAUCACCGAGCUGAGCACCGCGCUCCCCGCCAAACUCUCGCUCAACGCCUCGGCUCCGGCUAACAGCGACACCGACACUCAGUCCCGCACGGGCUUCCCCGGCGGCCCGGGCCUGCAACAGCCGCCCAGCGAGCGCGGCACGGACUACCGCUACGCGCACCUGCUCCCCGUCUUCCCCAAGGACGAGCACUACCCCCCGCUCACGCCCUUUGCGCACGCCGACCCCGGCCUGCGCGCGCUCGCCCAUGCCGACCCGCGCGCGUUCCUCCAGGGCGCGAGCACCGUCGAGAUCACGCCGAACCUCGGCACCGAGGUGCGCGGCGUGAACCUCGCGAAGCUGGAUCCGGAUGCGAGGGACGAGUUGGCGUUGUUGGUCGCACAAAGAGGCUUGGUCGUCUUCCGCGACCAGCAAGAUUUCAUCGACGCGGGGCCCGACUUCUACCUCGAGUGGGGACGCCACUUUGGUCGGCUUCACAUCCACCCGACCUCAGGGCACCCGGAGGCCUACCCCGAGCUGCACCUCGUCUACAAGGACGGCGCCUCCACCUUCAACUACGAGCUGCACGACUCCCUCCAGCCCACCGUCUGGCACUCCGACGUCUCCUACGAGCUCCAGCCGCCGGGGCUGACGACCUUCUUCCUCCUCGCGGCCCCCGCGACGGGCGGGGACACCGCGUUCGUCUCGCAGGUGUCCCUCCUGCGCACGUUCUCCCCGCAGUUCCGCGCGUUCCUCAAGACGCUCAAGGCGGUGCACUCGGGCGUGUCGCAGGCGGAGUUCAGCCGGGCGGGCAAUAGGGGCGGGGUGGUGCGCAGGGAGCCGGUGGAGAACGUGCACCCCGUGGUGCGGCGGCACCCGGUGACGGGCGAGGAGGCGCUGUACGUGAACCGGCAGUUCACGCGGCGGAUCGUCGGGCUCAAGAAGGAGGAGUCGGACGCGAUCCUGAACCUGCUGUACGACCAUAUCGACCGGAGCGCGGCGAACCAGGCGCGCGUCAGGUGGCAGCCGAACACGGUCGUGAUCUGGGAUAACCGUGUCACUGCGCACACCGCGAUCCUCGACUAUGGCGAGUCGAAGCAGACGCGCCACGGCGCGCGCAUCACGCCCCAGGCGGAGAGGCCGAUCCCGGCGCAGGAGGGUCUGGAGUUGGAUGACUGAGGGUGUGGGAUUGUGUAUGCUGUAGAACUGGAUGUAUCGACGACGGAUGUAUCGGAUCGAGUGUAAAUGUGGACGCGAGAGGGGUUGAUCCUGCGUCGUCGAAGUCGUAGACAGGUGGCGGUGCACCUCGUGUUAUCGUGGCCUGCGAUUGGUUGGUCAGCGCGGUGUAAUCUAAUCAGCAAAUACUGGC